ACUGGUCGAGGUGUAGGAGCGACAAAGUGACGCAGGCGGAAUGUCAACUUUCUCGGGACCCCUGACUUCCGGAUGCUUUUGUGGUCAAUCCCACAUCACACAUGCCGAGAUGAUUCCGAUACCACAUGUUCAUUGCACAUCUCGUUCUUCUUCAUCGUCCAUUCCUAUUCAUCUAAAGAACCAUGUCUGACUCUUGGUUUGAAUACGCUAUCGCACCUGACGGCAUCCAAGAAGACGGUUGCCGUCCGGAGGAAGCACAGGCUCUGAGAGCCUAUCUUCGUGACGAAAUCACUGUGAUCGAAGCCGCCAAAGAAAUCGUUCGGCCGACUGAAGAAUGCGAGAACCCCUUAGAAGACCUUCCGAAUCUCUGGGGCGUGUUACAAGACGCUCUGAUUCAACUUCCAAAUUCGCAGUCAAAAAUCGUUGAGCUGAUGUGCAGCAUCAAACAGCGACCAGACUCGGGUUCAGUCAAGAACUCCUCGACUCGAUUUUGGCUCAAUUUGCCAUCUUUUGGCCAUCAAUGGUACGAUGGAAACUGGUGGUACUAUCAGAACCAUUGGCGUAAUCAUCCAGAUACCUACAGAUCGCCGGAGAAACUUGCACAGAUCGCAAACAUCGCACGCACUGAAGCGCUGUUUGUCAUGGUUGAUGCCGAUGUUCUAGGAGAAGGCCUCAAGUUCGAAGGCCUCGCACGAAUUUGCGAUACACUGGAGGACAGCAAAGCACUGCUCGACAUAGAACUGCCCACCGUACAAGAGUGGCUUUCAUAUGCAGGGCCUAUACUCUACGAUCUGUCACGGACGCCACAUGAACAUUACCUCCUCCGUUCUUGCAAAGACUUCAGAAGACAAGUGAAAGAGGGGAAAAUCCACGCUGUCAAGCAGAAUGAGCGUGAUCUCUGGCAGGGAGAGGGGGGCACAAGUAUCGAGAGGUGGAAAUUCUGGAGAGAACGCUUGCAGCAUUUGCAAAAUGAUUCCAACUUACUUGGAAGCACCCGUGAAACCGCAAAGAUUGCUUUAGAUGCUAUGGGAUAGAUCUGACUGCCAAUUUGGUCGCAUGAGAAAACAACAACAUGAGUAUCAAAGAUGACGCAUGACGAAAAACUGCAGUAGCAAGAAGGAAGUAUGAUUG